UCCUUUCAAUAAUCUAAGAAUCAAACUUCGACCAUUUCAUUCGAGGGAAAAGAGGAACAAGAGGAAAAAGACAUAUUUAUAUUUAUAUUUAUAUUAUUACAUACACACAUACCUACACAUACAUAUCCAUCUGGAGAAGUCUAACACCAAUUGAAAGCCACGAAUUCAAGGCUUCAAAAUCCAACUGGUCGUAACCCUCCACUUUUUCGCCUCUCAUCUCUCCUUCUCCAAGAGAUCCGGCCCCUCUCUUCAUCCGCUACGGUGGAAUUGAUUGACCUGCAUAAGCUUACGGUAGAAGAGUCUACCUCUGAGGGUUAUUGAACUUUUUACUGUGACCACCUUGGACUAAAUCUCAUUCCAAGCCCUCAACAACAACAACCACCACCACCACCACCACCACCACAACAACAAUAACAACAACAACUACAACAUCAUCAUCAUCAUCACACCGAUCAGAUUUAACUUUGUUUUGCCGACUCCCCCAUUCUACGCCGCACUCUUGGUGGUCGGGAAUAUCUAGGGAAUGUAAAGAUCGCUCUUCUUGAAAGAACAUCUAUCUCGUUUCUUCCACAAAGAAAUCGCACCACGCCUUCUCUACGUCAGAGUCACAAAUCAAUCAGCAGCACAACAAGAUUUAAAUGGCUGCCACCAGUGCCAAUCGCCAUAAUCCAAUAAAUUCGGAUUUUACCCUAUCUCCUCGACAAGAAGAAUUACUUUUCGCUGCUCUCAAUUCAAAUAAAUCUUCAACCAAACCUUCAAACAACAUGGAUAAAUCACUUCCACCAUCAACAAAUGCCGUUUCAAACACUUCUACGUCCACAUUCAAUGAAUCUCCAAUUCAAGCUCCCGGUUCAGGUACACUGAGUGGAUUUGAAGAAAGCCCUUUUAUCGACUACGAUUAUGAAUUUGAAGGUGAUGAUAGUUUCAAUUUCGACUUUGGUAAUGAUUCACAGGGUCAAAUGAUUGGAAAUCUACCUGGAUCGUCGUCAGAUGGUGAUGCUGAUAAUCAUGAGAAGCGAAGUCAUCCUGAUGAUGAUGAGGAGGAGGAAGGUGGUGGCAAACGAAGAGAAGGUGAUGAUAAAUCAUCCAAGAAGCCUGGCAGAAAACCUCUUACAUCAGAGCCCACUUCUGUGAGUAUUUGUGGGGUUGCACCUAUUUCUGAAUAGCUUCUAAUUUCUUAAUUAGAAACGCAAGGCUCAAAAUCGUGCCGCCCAACGCGCUUUUCGCGAACGAAAGGAGAAGCAUCUGAAAGAUCUCGAGACCAAGGUCGAUGACUUGCAAAAGGCUUCCGAAUCUGCCAAUCAUGAGAACAGUAUUCUACGAGCGCAAAUUGAACGAAUGACGAUGGAAUUGAGGGAAUACAAAAAGAGACUAUCACUUAAUGGUGGUAUCAACCGUAGCCCAAAUGGGAACCCGCCGGCUUAUUUCGCAGCAAAAGGGCUUUCAAAUGCAUCUGCCACUCCAAAUGAUGUCAACUUCCAAUUCGAGUUUCCAAGAUUUGGUCGUCUUCCAGGUCCUCCUAUCACCAACGGAAGUUCAUCCAUGGCACCAUCCAUCUCCCCAACUACACCAACUCAGAAUGCUCAGAGUCCUACCGAUAAGAUUCAAACUAGCUCUCGCAAUCAUUCCAAUGCUAGUAAUACUUUUGGCGUCGGUGCAACCCAAACUCCAGCUCAAAAUGGUGAUAUGACAUCCUUCUCCGGUCUAUUCAGCCCGGAAGUCCUGGAUAGUGCAUUCAAGAGUUCACCAUUUGAUUCCUUCGGCAGCCUCACCCACGGAUCAAUAUCCAGUACGGGCUCUCCUCAUCAAUCUACCAAUGGCCAAAAUACUUCAUAUAGUUCACCAUCGGCUUCUUCACAGUCCAACCAUGGAACCAGCUCAUCCUGUGGUACCUCUCCAGAACCUACGAACAUGCAAUCACCAUACAAUAAAGCGACUGACAGUACUUUAACAACAAUUGGAGAAGAGAACUCAUGUGGGAACAGCAAUGCAGCACCAGGUGAGAUGUCCUUUUGCGAGAAGCUCAACAUGGCUUGCGGCAAUCCUAACAAUCCUAUUCCCCGUGCAUUGUCUGAAUCUGGUAUCAAUCCAGGAAACGUAGAACCCCUCGUUUUCGAUGUCAACGGAAUCGAUUGGUUCGCUCAACAAAACAACAAUCAAUUCGAUCCUCAACUCUUCGGUGAUUACCGCGAACCACAGAAUAACAUUCUCUCAAAUGACCCUUAUGCUCUUGAUGAUGCUGGCUUCUUUACAGAUGCAUUUGAUAUGCCAGAUUUCAAUAGUCCAUUCAACGUUCCGACUCCAACAACUACAGCAAAGGAUCUUGUGCAACAAAUUGAUGAAAAGCAAAAUGAGGAUAAUGAGGUAGUUCCAGGAGAAGAUAGGUCAACCAUGCUCAAUUGCAACACCAUCUGGUUUGUCUCCUUAUUUGUAAUAAAUGAAACUUAUGCUAAUGGUAACGAUUUAGGGAUCGUCUACAAAAUUGUCCCAAGGUCAGAGAGGGCGAGUUUGAUCUUGAUAGCCUUUGCAAGGAUCUUCAAAAGAAAGCCAAAUGUUCCGAGACAGGUGCUGUUGUCAAUGAAGCUGAUUUUCAAAAAAUCAUGAAUAGUUACGCCCCUAAAGGUUGCGAUACUAUGUUCCCUACAACAGCCAAGAAGGCAUAAAUGAUCGAUCGGAUAUACAUUUGGGAUGAUACUUGUACUGGAACGGAAUGGCGUUGCAAACACAUUAAAAUGACCAGAAGGUCGGAUCAUGGUUAAGGAUAUAACAUUUUGCUAGGACAAAGCAAUCUUUUGGCGCCUAAUGAUCAUGAUAUAUCUCAUUGAUCAGGAUUGGUUUUGAUUUUAAUUUUCUUUCACUUGGGGAAAUUCGGAAUCGGAAUUUGACUACUUGCUCUUUUUUAGUUCUUUUCGCUUGGUUGUUGAUGGUUGGUUGGAGUGGUUUGCCUGUGCUUGAUGAUGAAUGAAUUCUAUGGCUGGGUGAAUGAUUUUGCGUUAGCACUGAAAAUGGAUGAGUUUACAGUGUUUUUUUCACUUGUUCAUGUUUUGGACGAAGUGAAUGAUCGAUCUCUACUCUGCUUUAGUAUUAUGGGAAUGGAGGCGAUAGGCAUGGAGGGAAUUGGAAUUGAACAAGAAUGAUGAUGAAGCAAUCGUCUGGCAUAGUCUAGUCUGAUUAAUAUAUUAUAAGAAAUCAUUAAAUUAAGUUGAAGUAAAU